UGGCCCCGCCCCCGGGCCCGGGCGGAGGCUGGAGAUGCCGCGGCGGCCCCCGGCCGCGACUCGCCCGAAACUUGCGCGCGGUGCCGGGUUCCCCGAGGAUGGGGAGGCGCGGCCGUUGCUCCGCGCUGUCGCCGCCGUUGCUGUCGCCGUCGCCGCCGCCGCCGCCGCUGCUUCUGCUGCUGCUGCUGCUGCUGCUGCUGCUAGCGUGGGGGCCCCGCGCCGGCGCCGCCCCGCGCGCCGCGCUCUACUCGCCCGGCGACCCCCUGACGCUGCUGCAGGCGGACUCGGUGCGCGGCGCCGUGCUCGGCUCCCGGAGCGCCUGGGCCGUGGAGUUCUUCGCCUCCUGGUGCGGCCACUGCAUCGCCUUCGCCCCGACGUGGAAGGCGCUGGCCAACGAUGUCAAAGGCUGGCGGCCGGCGCUGAACCUCGCAGCCCUGGACUGUGCCGACGAGACCAACAGUGACGUCUGCCGCAGCUUCAACAUCGCCGGCUUCCCGACCGUCCGGUUCUUUAAGGCCUUCACCAAGGAUGGUUCUGGAACAACACUGCCAGUGGGGGGCGCAGACGUGCAGACCCUGCGGGAGAGACUCAUUGACGCUCUGGAGACGCACACAGACACCUGGCCCUCCGCCUGCCCCCCGCUGGGGCCCACCAGGCUGCCGGAAAUCGACAACUUCUUCGCCCGCAACAACCAGGAGUACUUGGCCGUGAUCUUUGAAAAGGAGGGGUCCUACCUGGGCAGAGAGGUAAUCCUGGACCUGUCGCAGCACCCCGGCAUGGCUGUGCGCCGGGUCCUCAGCACUGAGGCCGACGCCGUGAGCAAGUUCGGCGUCACCGACUUCCCGUCGUGCUACCUGCUGUUCCGGAACGGCUCCGUGUCUCGGGUCCCCGUGCUGGUGGAGUCCCGAUCCUUCUACACCAACUACCUGCAGAGGUUCUCCGGGGGGCCCAGGCUGGCCCCGACCACCGUGGCCCCCGCCACGCCGGGCACCGUGGCCCCCACCGUUUGGAAAGUCAUUGACCGCUCCAAGGUCUACAUGGCGGACCUGGAAUCGGCGCUUCACUACAUCCUGCGGGUGGAAGUGGGCAAGUUCUCUGUCCUGGAGGGCGAGCGCCUGGCAGCCCUCAAGCAGUUUGUGGCUGUGCUGGCCCAGUACUUCCCUGGGCAGCCCCUGGUCCGGAACUUCCUGCACUCCACCCACGACUGGCUGCAGUGGCAACAGAGGAAGAAGAUUCCCUACAGCUCCUUCAAGGCGGCUCUGGACGGCAGGAGGGAGGGCGCCGUGAUCACCACGAAGGUGUCCUGGGUGGGCUGCCAGGGCAGCGAGCCACACCUCCGCGGCUUCCCCUGCUCGCUCUGGCUCCUCUUCCACUUCCUGACCGUGCAGGCCUCGAGGCCGGACCUGGAGCGCUCCCAAGAACCGGCCAAGGCCCAGGAGGUGCUGCAGGCCAUCCGCGCCUACGUGCGCCACUUUUUCGGCUGCCGGGAGUGCGCCAGCCACUUCGAGCAGAUGGCGGCCGCCUCCAUGCACAAGGUGGACAGCCGCGACGCCGCCGUGCUCUGGCUCUGGUCCGGGCACAACCGUGUCAACAGGCGCCUGGCAGGCGCCCCCAGCGAGGACCCCCACUUCCCCAAGGUGCAGUGGCCGCCCCGGGAGCUGUGCCCAGCCUGCCACAACGAACUCCAGGGGGACACGCCCGUGUGGGACCUCACCGACACCCUCCGCUUCCUCAAGACCCACUUCUCCUGGCCCAACCUGGUGCUGGGCAGCCCGGGCUCCGGCCCCCGCGGCGGCGGUGGGGGGCUCCAGUGGAUGGCGGCACCCCCCGGCGCAGCCCCGGAGUUGCCCCCCGACAACUCCACCCAGAGCCUGCAGCCGGCGGAGAUCGCGGCCCUGCUGGAACUGCUGGCGGAGAUGGGGCCCGGCCCAGGGGACACCCCGCCAGACUCGGGGACCUCAGUGCACCCCACGGAGAAGCCCGAGCUGGCCCGAGCGCUCCGGCACUUGAGCAAGCGGGAAUCGGGGGCCCUGGGGCUGGGCCCCGCCCCCCCCCACGGGCACCCCGGGGCAGGGGCCCCUCGGGGCGGUGGCCAGUGGCUGCAGCUGCUUGAAGGAAACUGGUCCCACCUGGACGUCAGCCUCUGUGUGAUGCUGUACUCCGUGUCCUUCCUGGGCCUGCUGGCCAUGUACACGUACUUCCGGGUCAGGAUGCGGGCCCUGAAGGGGCUGGCCGGCCACCCGCUGGCCUGAGCGUCCACGCCCCACCCCUGCCGGAAGCCGCCGGGCCAGCCUCGUGUGCCCCUCCCCGCGACACACUCCCCUGCACCCCCUCCCUCUUCCUCCCCCGACGCCCCGACUUUGCCCCUUGUUCAGGCAAGUUCUGGAAUAUCCUUGGCUCCCCGCCGUCUGCAAAGUGGACGCAGGGGCGAGUUGCGGGGGUCCAGGCCAAGAGUUGAGUGGGGGGGGCCCGGCUCCCAGCAUCUGACCGCCCCCCCGCCUUGGCCCUGCAGGAGGUCAGAUUUGAGAGUCCCUAGCAAGUUAGGGCUCUGUGGCCCCCCAGAUAGGCGCAUACUUUGGGGCCAGAAAAGGUGACCCCCCCAACCCAUCAUUCCGACCCCAGGCCCCUCAUUCCUCUCAGCCGGAAAUCUGGCUUCCGGGUGAGUCUUGGGGGGGGCCCGCUGGAUCUCCUGGGUGGCUCGGGGUCCUGCGGGAGCCUUGACUGCCCUCCCCGCCCCCCCCCGCUCCCGGGACACCUCCCAGAACCCAGCGGGCGGAGGGGGCCAGGGGGGCAGCUGCGGGGAGCAGGAAGGGGGUGCGGGGGGGGUGGGGCCGUGGCUCCGGCUUAGCUCCGAGUGACGGGGCUGACUCCGUCUUGACCUGGCGUGGCCAUCUGGGUCUUUGUCUGUGGGGUCGGGGCCCCCCGUAUGUGCCGGCUGUGCGUGUGAAGGCGGCCGGCCCGGCGACCACCUUCCCCGGGGGAGGGGGAGGGGAGGGGGCGGGGGCACCCCUGGCCGGGCACCCCGGAUGCACUUCUAGUUCCCACCCCGCGGCUUGGCAGGGCUGCCGAAUAAAUUAUUUUUGUU